ACUUCACUGCCCUGUCCCUUUCCGCCUGCUUGAGGGGCGAUUGAACCUACGCCGUCAGUUGUUCGCCGCCGUCCAAAGUUGGUGUCUGGUUUUGCUGAUUACUGCCAACUGGAAUAUCUGAGAAUGAAAGCCCAGCGUUUGUCUUUAGAUAUAAUUAGCACCCUUCCUCCAAGCAUAAUCGAAACCAUUCUAUGUUUCUUACCGAUUGAGGAAGCAGCAAGGACAAGUGUCUUAUCUAGGGAAUGGAGGUACCAUUGGAUCAAAAUUCCUAAACUUGAGUUUAUCGAGAGCACGUUUCAAGUAUUAACUUACGAGGCUGAGCUAUCAGUGCCGAACCAAUCAUUUCACAAACUAAGCCAAAGGAAAGUGAUGACCGAUAGGUGUAAAUUUUUCUAUGCUAUAUACCAAGUUCUGUUAGUGCAUGAGGGUCCAAUACGCGAGUUCACCCUUUCCAUGAUCCCAGAUAACUCGUGUGUUGAGAUUGACCAUAUACUACGUCAUUUGUCACGAAAAAAUACUGUCAAGAAGUUAAAGCUUGACUUGAGCUUCGGGUAUAAACUGCCUUCAUAUCUCUUCUCGUUGAGUCACUUGACGGACCUACAUCUUGCUAGCUGUGAUAUUGAUCGUGAAUUGACAUUCUGUGGACUUGGUAACCUAACAAGCUUGUAUGUGUUUGAGGUAAAGACGUCUACAAAAACGAUUCUACAUCUUCUAUCCAAUAGCCCACUACUCAAGACCGUGGACCUCGGUAUUGCAGGAGGUACUAUCGACUGUACUGACAAUUCUACAAUUGUUGACCUUUUCAAGCUUUUACCGGUUGUUGAAAAUCUCUCUAUUUGGUGUUCGGUCGUUGAGUUGUUUAUUCAAGACAUGAUUCCAUGGAUUCCGCAAGAGCUUCCAAUCUCACUGGUUCACCUCAAAUACUUGUUUAUAGAUUGUAUCUCUUUUAUUCAAAGAUAUGGGUUACCUUUUCUUGCUCUGUGUGUCAGAAGCUCACCAAACCUAGAGAAACUUAAGCUAGAGAUUUUUCCGGAUACAUGCCUUGAGGAAUAUGAGAUACGCUACUUUACACUCAAAGAUUAUUCAGAUAUGCGAUUGGAACAUCUGAAGGAAUUGGAGAUUAUAAAUUUGUACAACAGAGAAAUUGAGUUGGAUUUUGUGAAGCUAAUCUUGGCCACAUCACCUGUGCUAAACAAAGUUAGUAUUUUUCUCAACCAUGAGCUUUCCAUGGAUGAAAAGUUGCAGAUUUCAGAAAUUCUCUUACAUUCCCGACAUGCAUCGCCGAUGGCACAAAUCAUGAUUGGACAGUUGGAAAAAAGUUUAGCCUAACUAUCCUCCAAUGACUAUUUUCAGAUAUUUGGUUGGAGCAUUUAAAAGAAUUAGUGAUCUUUGUUUCGAACAGUGAAAGACUCUCGGUUGGGUGAAGAUAUUCCUCAGACAACAUAAGUCGCAAGUACGAAUCAUUCUUCGACAGCAGCAAACAAAUCAAUUGUAUUUAUAUUGGUUUUGUAGACGACUUUUGUGAAAUGAAGUAUUAGUCAGUUUGAUAA